AUGUGCGUCCCGCGAAACUCAACAGCGGAUAGUCCGCAACGUGACGCUGUCCGAUUUCUGUCGUUGGUCGUUUUGAUGGUCGACAGCCAUCUCCCAUCAGCAGCACCCGACCGCGUGCAUCAGCGCACGAUCCUGCGAGGUCUGGGCGUCAUUGAUUCCUUCCUUUCUAGCAGAGAUCAAACACAGCAGGACGGAGAGCAGGUGGUGGUGGCCUUCAAGGUGGUGCCUGUGUACGUUACGGUCGCCCCAUGGGUGCCGCAACUCCCGCCACGACUGCGAACGCUGGUGUGCGAUCAAGGGCACCUUGCUUCUCUCGAGGGUGGGCGAGGCUUUGGGUCUGCGGAUGUAGGCCCCGUACCAGAGGGCUACCUCACCCGUGAGGCUGUUGCCUUGGUGCAUGGAUUGCCUCGGUGCUGUGUGGAGGCUGUGUCUGGUCUCUUUCCUCUCUUUCACCCCCUACCGCCGACAAAAACAGCGUGUGACAUCGAGGCUGCGGAGGCAACCGGAUGGAGGCUCCUGCACACGGAAGACGCGAAGUCCAGCACCCGCAUCGCACUCAUGAAGGACCACCUGGAGAAGCUCGCGCUUUUCCGAGAGGCAAGGCUGUCGACGGUCAUGGACUCCCUGCUGAACGGCGGUGCGUCCCAUCUGGAAAAUGAAUGGGUGGUGGUCACCUACCCGGAUGGUCUGCCUCCGAUUCCAGAAAGGGCAAGGGAUGUGCAAUCGGAGAGGUCUCCUGCGCGCAAGGGACGGAGGACUACAAAAUACAGCGACUGCCACCCACCCGGGACGGAAGCUGCAGAAGAGACGGUCUCUCCAUCACCGCUUUUUCUCUUACCAGCUCGCUUUCUGUGUCAGUAUUUCCACAUUGGCGCGGGGUGGCAGCGAAUCGCACAGCAAGACAGGGGAGCCGCGCUCGAUGCUGUGGUGCGUUUGCGUGAAAUAAUCGAAGCGAUUCCGGUGUGCAACGGUGAUGGGUCUGUGAUGACCGCCAAGGUUGUCUUUGAUUUACCGAGAGGCGGUAAAGGCAGCACGGUGACGCUUGCGCGGGCCUCAGCGAUGUAG